UGAGUUUAUUUUACUGUUGGCGUUUUUAAGUGGGUUACGUGAUUACGUCAUUCUGACGUCACUUCUCCGGUGAACGUCAGUCAGCACAUCGGCUAAAUCUUCAUUAAAUAUAUGCUAACUAGCGAAAUGUGAUAUUUAAUGUUUAACUACUGAUCAGUCUACACAGGUGGUUGAAUAAUUCAUACGGACGGAAUAAUGUCUCACUGGAUCUGCUGUAACUCCUGCUUCAUGUCAUCUGGAUCUGAACGUCAACUGGCUGUCACAAACUGCGGUCACAUCAUAUGUAAUGUUUGCUUUGAGAGAGUUCCCCCUGCUGGACAUAAUACAGCACUACAUUGGAUUUGUGUUUCCACCAGGAAAGCAGGGUUUUUGUCUUAUUUGCAAAGCAAAGUGUCAGAUCUCCCCACUGUCUGAUAAAAGCAGCACAGAGGUUCAGGCACUUUUCUCAGAUAUCAACACAGUUGUAGUCAAGUAUAUCUCAGAUAUUGGCAAGGUUUUGCAAUUCCAGGCAAGGCAUCAGAAAAGAUUACUGUCUCAUUAUCAGCAGAAGAUAGAGAGAAUGAAGGAGGCUGGACUGAAAAUGCAGCAAGAGAUGCAGCAAGAAAUGCAGAAAAUGUCUAAGAAAAUUACAGAGCAGAAUGCUUACAUUUCAAAAUUAGAGAUGACUCUUCAACAUCAAAGUUCAAGGCUGACAUCACAGUCCAACCGAGAUUUGCAUUCAGCAAGUCAUCUGACAACGAGAGAAUCGUCGAUUACAAAAAUCCCAUAUUCCUCUCCACUCCCAAUGUCAAGGAAGUUAUCCACCCCUAGCUUAGCUGAAGGAAUAGAAAUCAACACCAGGGGGCUCUCUAACAAACCGGACGUCUCGAGUAGAAUUACUCUCAUGAGAUCACCGCAGAAUGGACGCAUAGGUUCGGUACCUCUCCGAGCAUCCAGUCAAAGCACUAUGGGCAGCCAUUCAGCAGCAUUCAGUGGCACUGUCAGUAGGGAAUUCUCCAGUGGUCUACGGGAACCUGUGAUGAGUCCGUCCCAUAAUGUGGCCUACCGCAGAGAGUCACAAUGGGAGACGCCUGUGUUCAAACUGCCCUCAGUUUACAAAUACCCCUCUGUGUCCUCUCUCAGACCCCCGCCAUGAUGUAGCAUCCAGCCUGUUGCACAAAACAGGCACUGGCCUGUAAUGGAUGGAUUUAAUGCAUUAAUAUUGCCUCUCUCUGUGUGUGUGCGUGUGCGCGUGCGUGUGUGUGUGAAGAAAUAGACGUCUGCACUCUUGUUUCCAUAAAUGUGCCGUAGUAAUUAAUCACAGAUCUUUGUUGAUGAGUUUGUGAGUGUGAAUUUUAAUAUGACAUUUUGUGCAUGACGUACACGUUGUCAGCAGCAUGUGCUAUUAAUCAAAUCCAAAAUGUUCUCUGCCGUGUGCUUUCCUCUUAACACGCUGAUGCCAUUUUAUUUUAGUGUUCAUACCUUGUUCAUGUUGAUUAAAAUGGUGGACACAAUA